AUGACGUCAUCAACAGCACCGUCUUCCAAAGAAUUGCCUCGAGAAUCGAUGAAAUUAAUAUUCAAACAUAUGAAUGUCAAUUCGAGAAUCCGCCUAGCGCACAAAAUCCCAUCGCUCCGCCCAAUCGAAGCAGCCACGCCCCUCAACGUCGAUCAACUCACGUUCAAAACCAAUCAGAUCAUUAUAAACAACACAAUAUUCAAAGUGGAUAACUACGAGCCCGCGUGUUGCUUCGAUAAGACAAAUCUCCGAAUCGAAGGCUCACCAUACCUGAAAAUGUCCAUGAAGUCCGGAAGACAUUCGAAAGUUGAGCGUAUUGUGAAUAACCGGGAGUUUAUUGACACAAUGUUGUAUCUUGCAAAGAAGUUAUUCGAGGGAAGGGUCAUGCCGAUCACUGUGAAAUAUUUGUCAAUUAGUAAAAAAGAUUCCACUGCUUUCCUACCGGAUGACUUGAGACUGGCGGUUCGAGACAUUAAAAUAGACCAUAACGUAGUGAAAACCCUCGAGUCCAUUCAACCAUAUCUCCAUGAAUCCAGCAUCCCCUUCGAUACAGUAUUCAUCAGUGGUACUCGAAUGCGUCAGGAGGAUGAGGACUACAAACAUCCAUGGAUUCAAACCGCCAACUUUGUGCAAAUCCUCGAUAAAUCAAAGUAUGCGACAUGGCUGCAUACGAUUCUGGAUAUGGACAUUUGUCAGGCGCAUCUCGAGUGUCAAGCGUUCCAACGGAUGGAAGUUUCUAUUGUGAUUGAUGAGUGGAUUGAGCAUGGAAGAGAAGAUGGAACAUGGUUCUCGUUGGGUGUCAGGACGGUCGAUGAUAUCAAACAUUUGUUGGUUGGAUUGUCGGCGAGACAAGGUGCGGUCGUGGAGCAGUCGGAGAUGUUGGGAUGCAAAGAAUACCCGGGAGUGCUGCGAAUCCCACUGAAAAGCCAUGAAUCAAGUGUCGGCAUCUACGUGACAAAGAACUCGGAGAAGAAGAGCGAAACCAAAUUCUUCUCUCCAUUUGACAUCAAUUUGUUCGUUUUCAGUACCAAGAAAUGA